UGUGUGUGUGUAUGUGCGUGUGUGUGUGUGUGUGUGCGUGUGUGUGUGUCCUGCACCAGAAUAUAGUAUAUGGUUCAAUUUUCAGGAUGGCGUCGCCAUUACGGAGUUUGAAUGAUUAUUUCAGAAGGCUGAAUGAUUUGUUGUCAGGCGAAAAUUGGGAACUGUCCGAAGAAGCUGCAAGAUUACUCUCGAUAGGAGACGCUCAUGUACACAUGAAAUUUCUACAGUUAGAGAAAGCAGAAGAUGAACGUCGAUUGUAUCUGAAUAAUAGUUUCGAUGAGAUAGCAUGCUUACAUUUGGCCGUCAUCUAUCAUUUGAGUAAGGAACACUUCGAAAAUGCUUUCAACACGCACGUUCAGGUUGUGCAAUUGUUCAACAAAGAAGUUUUGCAAAAGGAGAAGGAUCAGAACUGGUUCUUACCAAUAUUAUAUACUCUUUGCACUGAUUUGCGACUUUUGGCCCGUUCGGCCGAUAAUAAACCGUCUCGGUUACGUGAUCCGGAAAAGAGUAGCUGUUAUGAACAAUCUGCCACCUAUAUUAUGGAAUGUUAUCGAACGUGUGUUGCUGAUGUACGAGCAGAAAUUCAUACAUCGAAGAAGAUGGCAAUGCUUAAUCUCACUAAUCAGCUAUUCCGAAUUUAUUUCAGAAUAAACAAAUUGAAUCUACUCAAACCACUCAUUAGAGCAAUAGACAACAGCGGUCCAUUAUAUCAGACGUUUUCAAUGGCUGAUAAAGUUACAUAUAAAUAUUAUUUGGGCCGGAAAGCAAUGUUUGAUUCAGAUUUAUCACUAUCAGAAGAAUCAUUAUCCUAUGCUUUUCGGAACUGUCCAUCCCAUUGUGCAAGAAAUAAACGACUUAUAUUGAUUUAUUUGGUGCCGGUGAAAAUGUUUCUCGGACAUAUGCCAACUGCCGACUUAUUGAAACGAUAUCAGCUGCAGCAGUUUGCCACCGUUGUCGAGAGUGUAAAGGAUGGAAAUUUAAAGAAACUCGAUGAAACGCUAAUGGAAAACGAGCGCUUUUUUGUAGAAUGUGGAAUAUAUCUUAUGUUAGAAAAAUUAAAAAUUAUUGCGUUUCGCAAUUUAUUCAAAAAAAUUACUCGAAUAUAUGGCACAAAUCAGAUCUCUUAUGAGGCAUUUAUGUGUGCCAUCCGAUGGCUUGGCAUUGAAGACAUGGAUGAAGACGAGCUGGAAUGCAUACUUGCAAAUUUGAUUGUGGAGAAGAAAAUCAAAGGAUAUCUAAGUCAUAUGCAUAAAAAACUGGUUAUUAGCAAGCAAAAUCCGUUCCCUGCCUUGUCGACGAUACCUUGAUCAUAAUUCGAUACUAGAAAGGACGGAAGUCUUUUGUACUCAUUUGUUUUACGCUGAUAUUGAAAAACUCUAUAUAUGAUCAGG